AUGAUAGUUGAUAGCGCAUUAACACUCUUGAAAAACGAAAGGAAAUACAUCACAAGAUACUGGAAAAAAGUAAAAGUUGGAGACUUCAUCCAGCUUCGCUGCAAUGAAAUCAUACCUGCAGAUAUAUUGCUGCUUUCUUCAAGUGAUCCUGAUGGCUUGUGUCAUAUAGAAACUGCUAAUCUGGAUGGAGAAACCAACCUGAAACAGAGACAAGUUGUGAGAGGAUUUUUGGAGCUGGACUCUGAGUUUGAUCCCAUGAAAUUUGCUAGCACCAUUGAAUGUGAAGAACCCAAUAAUGAUAUACGUAGGUUUCGAGGCUUCACCGUGCAUAAGAAUGGGAAAAAAGUUCCACUGUAUAAAGAAAACCUUUUGUUACGGGGAUGCACUAUUAGAAAUACAGAAGAAGUCUCUGGAAUUGUGAUCUAUGCAGGUCAUGAGACAAAAGCCUUGUUGAAUAACAGUGGGCCACGUUACAAACGCAGUAAGCUUGAAAGACAAAUGAAUUGCGAUGUUCUUUGGUGUGUCCUCAUACUUAUCACAAUGUGUUUGUUUUCUGCUGUUGGGCAUGGAAUCUGGGUCUGGCAGUAUGAUGACAAAAAGAAACCUGCCUUUGAUGUCCCAGGUCCUGAUGGAAAUUAUUGGCCUCCAGCUCAAGCUGCGUUUUAUUUAUUUUUGACAAUGAUUAUAGUCCUUCAGGUUCUCAUUCCAAUUUCCUUAUAUGUCUCCAUUGAAAUUGUUAAAAUAUGCCAAGUUUAUUUUAUUCAUCAAGAUAAGGAUUUAUUUGAUGAAGAGACAGACUUUCAGCUACAAUGUCGAGCUCUGAAUAUCACAGAAGAUUUAGGGCAGAUUCAAUAUAUAUUUUCUGACAAGACUGGAACCCUCACUGAGAAUAAAAUGGUUUUCCGGAGGUGUACAGUUUCUGGCAUAGAAUAUUCCCAUGAUGCUAAUGCAAAGCGUUUAGCUAUGUACCAGGAAGCUGAUUCGGAAGAUGAAGAAACCUCACCUAAAGUGGGGACACUGUCUCAGCGGGAUAGCAUUAGUAGUCACCAGAGCAUCAAAGUCACCUUCAGAAACCAGAGUGUAAAAUCUCAUAGACGAACAGGAAGCAGAGCAGAAGCCAAAAGAGCAAGCAUUCUUUCAAAGCAUACAGCUUUCAGUAGCCCAAUGGAAAAAGAUAUCACACCUGAUCCUAAUUUGCUACAAAAAGUAAAAGAAUGUGCAAAAUACCUGCGAAAUCCCGAUCAACCAUUAUCCCAACUGUCCCCUGAACUUUCAGACAUCUUUGACUUUUUCAUAGCUUUGACAAUCUGCAAUACAGUGGUGGUUACAUCUCCAAAUCAACCACGACAAAAGGUCAGAAUCAGAUUUGAAAUGAAGUCUCCAGUAAAGACAAUUGAAGAUUUUAUUCGGAGAUUCACCCCCAGCCGACUGACCUCUGGAUCAAACAGUAGUAGCUCUUCAAGCCUGGCAACCAGCAAAUCAAGCCAACGAGCUAGCUCAGGUGUUCUUUCCCCAGGGUCUGCAGAGUGCACUUUAUUAAAACUAGAAAAGUUCUCCAACUCUUCCCAGAUGAAUAACAAUGGUUACAAUUCCCAGCAAGCCACUUGGACCUCAGAAACUGGGUCAGAAGAGGGAGAACUGCGCUAUGAAGCUGAGAGCCCUGAUGAGGCUGCCCUUGUCUAUGCAUCCAGGGCAUAUGAGUGUGCUUUAGUUGGUAGGCUGCCUGACCAGGUGUCAAUCGAGCUACCUCACCUAGGAAGACUCACCUUUGAAGUUCUACACAUCCUGGGCUUUGACUCCAUCCGGAAAAGAAUGUCAGUGGUUGUCAGACACCCUCUUACAAAUGAAAUAAAUGUUUACACUAAAGGAGCAGAUUCUGUAAUCAUGGACCUCCUUCUGCCCUAUUCAUCAGAUGAUGCCCGAAACAGGCAUCAAAAGAAAAUCCGAAGCAAAACUCAAAGGUUUCUUAACUUGUAUGCUGCUGAUGGUCUGAGGACAUUGUGCAUUGCAAAAAAAGUGCUGAGCAAUGAGGAUUAUUCUUGCUGGUUAAAAAGUCACAUUGAAGCAGAAUCUUCUAUUGAAAACCGUGAAGAGUUGCUGUUCCAGUCUGCCAGCCGUAUAGAGACAAAUCUUCACCUGCUAGGUGCAACUGGCGUUGAAGAUCGUUUGCAGGAUGGAGUCCCAGAAACCAUCAUAAAUCUGCGCAAGGCUGGCCUUCAGAUAUGGGUUCUAACUGGAGAUAAACAAGAAACUGCUAUUAAUAUUGCUUAUGCCUGCAAGUUAUUGGAUCAUGAAGAGAUCAUUACUCUGAAUGCUGAUUCCAUGGAAAUGUGUGCUGCAAUGCUGGAACAACACUUGAAUUGUGUAGAGUCUAAAUUUUACAGUGAAACAACAAAUAACUUUCUUCAGAAAACAAAAGGAGAGUUUACUCCCUUCUCUGUGUCGUCAUCACUGAGCCAGCCCAGCCUGGGUUUAGUCAUUGAUGGGAGGACCCUGGCUUAUGCUCUGGACAAAGGCCUGGAAGACAAAUUUCUUUCAUUAGCCAGAAAGUGUCGCUCUGUGCUGUGCUGCCGAUCUACUCCAAUUCAAAAAGGGAUGGUUGUCAAACUGAUCAGAGAUAAACUCAAGACAAUGACUUUGGCCAUAGGUGAUGGGGCUAAUGACGUCAGUAUGAUCCAAGUGGCUGAUAUUGGUGUGGGGAUUUCUGGUCCAGAAGGCAUGCAGGCUGUGAUGGCGAGUGACUUUGCAGUUCCAAAAUUCCGAUAUUUAGAGAAACUCCUUCUUGUGCAUGGCCACUGGUGUUACUCCCGACUUGCCAACAUGGUGUUGUAUUUUUUCUACAAAAAUGCAAUGUUUGUUGCCCUUCUGUUCUGGUACCAGUUUUACUGUGGAUUUUCGGGAUCAUCAAUGAUUGAUCAAUGGUACCUGAUCUUCUUUAACUUAUUAUUCUCAUCUCUUCCUCAAUUGAUUGUUGGAGUUCUUGAUAAAGAUGUACCUGCAGAGACAUUAAUUGCUAUUCCUCAGCUCUACACAAGUGGCCAGAAGAUGGAGGAGUAUCAGCCGCAUAUGUUUUGGAUGAACAUGAUUGAUGCUCUCUAUCAAAGCUUGGUUUGUUUCUUCAUCCCUUACUUUAUAUAUUAUGAUUCAGAUGUGGACAUAUUUUCAUGGGGAAUUCCUAUCACCACAGCAGCUCUCUUUACCAUAAUACUCCAUUUGGCUAUAGAAACCAAAACCUGGACCUGGCUACAUUUGUCAUCAUGUGUCUUCAGCAUUGCUUUAUUCUUCAUUGUGGCGCUCAUUUAUAAUAUUUCGUGCCCAAUAUGCUAUCCUCCAUCAAAUCCCUACUGGACUAUGGAGAAGCUGAUGGGAGAACCGGUGUUUUAUCUGACUUGUCUUAUUUCACCCAUUGUGGCUUUGCUUCCCAGAUUUCUCUACAGAAUACUUCAAGGCACACUUUUCCCAACCCAGCUUCAACUUGGACGCCAGUUGUCCAGAUUGCUUCCAGGCUCCCACAACCAGCUUUUAAACAAGUGGGCCACCAAAAGGGACACCAAUUCCCAAAUUUAUCAAAAUACUGGUUAUUCUCCUGAAAGCCCAUAUUUCAUUACUAGUGGUUUUUCAAGGACCUGUAACCACAAUAACCCAACAGAAUUAUGUCAACAAAAAAAGGAGCUAUCUCAGAUGCCAAAACCAGGGUGUUCAACAGAUUUAAAUACUCUUGUUUCUCCUCUUGAUGCUCAAUUUUGUGAGGAAAAUGGACAUCUUUCAGUAGUUGAUGAUAAAGGUGAACCAUCUUUGGGUUUUCAAAAAAGUGCUUUUGAUCUAGAGCCAACGUUGAUGAAUGUUGAUGACACAGUACAAUGGAGUACAAGAGUAGAUGGAUCAGAUUUCAGCUUGCUCAACUGGUUUUCAUCAACUCUGUUGUUCAAGAGCAUCAGAAGUGAUCUGCCAUGGUUUUCAGGCAGUUUACGGAACAGAAGGCAUGACAGUAUAACUUUGUGUAGUUGUCAUUCUCAGGACUUCAAAGGCUUGACGGAGCAGAACUCUUCCUGUUUUCAGGAACAGGCAAAAACUUCUUCAGGGGACUGCUUGAAAGCCGAAUCUCUUGAAACAACCAUUUUAUGACAUUAGCAUUCCAGAACACAUAUUUUUUUAUUUGCACAAAAAGGAUAGAGUGCUCUUUUUCUUAGGAUGAAAACGGCAUUCAAGGUACAUAGUUUUAUUAUGAAAGAAAAUCUAAGCAAGUAUGUUGAAAAUAAAAACUUUAUACAAAUAAAGAUACCU